GAUUGUUAUCUCGUUGAUGCCACACGCGCGUUACCAGACAUAACAACUUGCUGAUCCUAAAUUAAGAAAGGAACGAACACAAGCCAAUCAGACCGCAGCAGCCACUUCCAUCUCUCUCUCUCCAUCUCUCUCUCUCAUCUCUCUCUCUCCAUCCAGUAAUACGGUACGAGAUGGCAGUGUCAACCGCCUUUGCUGGGCCGAAACUGGAUACUGUAUUUCUCGGGAAUGCAGUUGCGUCGUCAUCGUCAUCGGCGUCUCCGUUUAAUCACCAGAUUGAUCGCGUGUUUUGCAUGCCUCAGAAAUCACGCUUCUCGAGAAACUGUAAUAAUCUCAAAUGCGAGCAGCUUCAGACAACUAGUAAUGAAAAAGUUAUUGACGACACUAGUGCUAUUUCCCCUUCUUCGAGUCUCUCUGCUCUUGAACAGCUCAAAUCCUCUGCUGCUGACAGGUAUACUAAGGAGAGGAGCAGUAUUGUAGUCAUUGGACUCAGUAUCCACACUACACCGGUUGAAAUGCGUGAAAAGCUUGCUAUUCCAGAAGCUGAAUGGCCAAGAGCUAUCGGUGAACUAUGCAGUUUGAAUCAUAUAGAAGAGGCUGCUGUUCUUAGUACCUGCAACAGGAUGGAGAUAUAUGUUGUAGCUUUGUCUCAGCAUCGGGGAGUGAAAGAAGUGACGGAGUGGAUGUCAAAGACAAGUGGCGUUCCAGCUUCUGACCUUUGUGAGCACCGCUUUUUGCUUUACAACAAUGAUGCUACCCAGCACAUCUUUGAAGUAUCAGCUGGGCUUGAUUCACUGGUGUUAGGAGAGGGUCAAAUUCUUGCUCAGGUGAAACAAGUGGUCAAAGUUGGGCAAGGAGUGGUAGGCUUUGGGAGGAACAUCAGUGGAUUGUUCAAGCAUGCAAUCACUGUCGGAAAGAGGGUUAGAAGUGAGCUAAAUAUAGCAUCAGGGGCAGUUUCUGUCAGCUCAGCUGCUGUGGAAUUGGCAUUAAUGAAGCUUCCUAAAACCUCCCAUACUACUGCUAGAAUGUUGGUUGUAGGGGCAGGAAAGAUGGGAAAGCUUGUGAUUAAACACUUGGUAGCCAAAGGAUGCACUAAAAUGGUGGUUGUGAACAGAAGUGAGGAGAGAGUAACUGCUAUCAGUGAGGAGCUGAAGGGUAUUGAGAUAAUAUACAAACCCCUUACAGAAAUGCUAGCCUCUGCUGCAGAGGCAGAUGUUAUCUUUACCAGCACAGCUUCAGAAACCCUAUUAUUUCGCAAAGAGCAUGUAGCAGAUCUUCCGCCUGUUGGUGCAGAUGUUGGAUCUGUGAGGCUUUUUGUUGACAUUUCUGUUCCAAGAAAUGUUGGUUCUUGCAUCAAGGAGCUUGAGACUGCUCGAGUUUACAAUGUGGAUGACCUUAAGGAGGUCGUCGCUGCAAAUAAGGAAGAUCGACAUAGAAAAGCAAUGGAAGCUCAGUCUAUUAUUGCUGAGGAAUCUAAGCAAUUUGAAGCCUGGAGAGAUUCGCUAGAAACUGUUCCUACCAUCAAAAAAUUAAGAGCCUAUGCCGAAAGAAUCAGACUGGCAGAGGUGGAUAAAUGUAUGUCAAGAAUGGGUGAUGAAGUCUCAAAGAAAACAAAGAAAGCAGCCGAUGAUCUUAGCCGGGGUAUAGUGAACAAGAUGCUCCACGGCCCAAUGCAGCACCUGAGAUGUGAUGGGAGUGACAGCCGGACUUUGUCUGAGACACUUGAGAAUAUGCAUGCCCUUAACAGAAUGUUCAGCCUUGAAACUGAGAUAUCAGUCCUUGAACAAAAGGUUCGAGCAAAGGUGGAGCAGCAGAACCAGAAGUAAGCACCUUUCACAUAUUUCUAGUUCAUUUUAACAACACUGAUUUUCGUCGCUUGAAGUCCAAAUAAGAGGAAAAGUUCCAUGUCUUGUCAUCAUUGUUUGAGCUUUUACAAUCUUCAUCUCGAUAGAUAAAGAAAUUAAAGUCCUUUGUGUCACCAUUUACUUCAUCGCUUCUAAGGCUUUCUAGUUUCUACAGUACAAGUCAUCACGUCUUCUCUUGGUUCUAUUGAAUGUCUUCCGUCUCAUUGUAAUUAACAAAAUGGGCUUGUCUUGGUCAAUGAGUGAUGUUGAUCAAUGUAGUGAAUGAUAUCGACCCCCUUUUAGUGGGCAGUUUCUGAAACAAUGUUACUUCUGUAAUUAAUAUACUGAUCAUUUCAAGA